AUGUCCCCCUCCAACACCAACACAGACACCGACACCGAAAUGCCCGACAUCCCCUCCCCCACAACACAAGCACACAACGCCAAACCAAGCCCCAACCUCAUCAACCACCUCACUCAAAAACUCGCUCAAGCAGAUCUAAACAGCGGCAAACACGCUCAGUGGAUCUGCUUCCCGCUCGGCACAACCCUCGACGAGCAACUUCUGAUUCUUGCCGGCGCUAAGGAUUGGAAGUUAGCUGGUGGCAAUGCAGAGGUCGGUGGGGAGGAGAAGAUGCAGCCUACAUCUUCCGCGCGAAUACCAGAGGCAGCACUCGCAAAGUCCAAAACCGCAGAGGAUAUCCAAACCCGGAACGCGAUCUCAACGACCCCACCCACCGCCUUCUCCACGCACCAGCCAUACGCGCAAACAAAAUACCAACCACGACUUCAGCGCAUCUACACAGAGAUUUAG